CCCUGACAGCAGAGAUGUUUGUGCGCACACGCACGUACUCACCGAUAAUAUAUACACACACAUAGAGAUGCAAAUAAAAACAGUGAGACAGAAGUGAAAACUUUUGGGGGGGGUUCCUCCACUCACGUCACUUUUCUUAUAUAGGUUCAUUGUGACGCGGCGUGUUUUACGCACCAACUUUGGAUCGCCUGCGCAGGAAGAAGAAGAGCAAGGAGGGAGCUCUGACAAACACACGAUGUGAUGUGACACCCCGCGGAAGGGAAAAAGAAAAAGACCACCAGAUGACCACCGCCGCGCUGCCCGAGUGCGGGCUCAACGCGUAAGCAUGUUUGGCGUGGCCGCGUGGAGCCCUGGACGGUCCAACUCACCCAUGCAAUAGUUUGGAAUACUUUUUUUGGGGGGGAGAGAGUCACGAUGAUGCGCUGCACCCGGAGCGCACUGAUCCUUUGCUGCCUGGUUCUGUUGGUCCGGGGAGACCCGUGGAGGUUCAUAGCGGACUCCAGCAACUGUGAGCUCAACAAGAAACAAACCGACUUAAACUCCUUCUUGUGGACGAUCAAACGGGACCCUCCUUCCUAUUUCUACGGGACAAUCCAUGUUCCCUACACUCGUGUUUGGGACUUCAUCCCCGAGAACUCCAAGCAGGCCUUCCAGGAGAGCAACAUCGUCUACUUUGAGCUGGACCUGACCGACCCUUACACCAUCUCCGCCUUGACCAGCUGCCAGCUGCUUCCUCAGGGCGAAAACCUGCAGGACGUUCUACCCAGAGACAUCUACCGUCGACUCAAGAGGCACCUCGAGUACGUCAAACUCAUGAUGCCUUCGUGGAUGACGCCGGAUCAACGAGGGAAGGGACUCUACGCCGACUACCUCUUCAACGCCAUCGCCGGGAACUGGGAGAGGAAACGACCCGUCUGGGUCAUGCUGAUGGUUAACUCCCUCACUGAGGCGGACAUUAAAACCAGAGGGGUUCCGGUUCUGGACUUGUACCUAGCCCAGGAGGCGGAGAGGAUGCGGAAGAGGACGGGAGCUGUGGAGAAGGUGGAGGAACAAUGUCAUCCCCUCAACGGCCUCAAUUUCUCCCAGGUCAUCUUUGCCCUCAACCAGACGUUACUACAACAGGAGUCUUUAAGGGCCGGUAGUCUUCAGGUCCCGUACACAACGGAAGACCUCAUCAGGCACUACAACUGUGGAGACCUCAAUUCCAUCAUCUUCAACCAUGACACCUCUCAGGUCCCAAACUUCAAUAACGUAACGCUGCCGCCCAGCGAGCAGGUGACCGCCCAGGAAAUCGACAGCUACUUCAGGCAGGAACUCAUCUACAAAAGGAAUGAGAGGAUGGGCAAAAGGGUGAAAGCUCUGCUGGAAGAACACACAGACAAAAGCUUCUUCUUUGCCUUUGGAGCAGGUCACUUCCUGGGCAACAAUACAGUAAUUGAUGUGCUUCGUCGUCAAGGAUACGAGGUGGAGCAUACCCCUGCUGGGCAGCCCAUCAACAGGAGAACAUCAUCCAGAUCUGAUUGGACUGAGCCAGAGGACCAACAUGACGAGUCCUUUUUCCUGGAGCCUUUCCUCCACGAACUCCCAGAAAGGGAUCAAGAUCCGGGGCGGUCCCUAGAGGACGAGCGCUUGACCCACAUGCUUCUGCCGUCGGACAGCCUGGAACUGCUGGAGAAAGCAGAGAAGAAGUUGCUGAAGAAAAGAAGGAGAAACAAACAGAAGAAACAGCGGCACAGGCAUUUCAAUGAUCUCUGGGUCCGCAUUGAAGAGAGCGCCGCGGCCCAGUCCCCGCCACCGCCCCGCAUCGUCGACGGUGACAUCACGGUGAAGCCUCCCAGUGGAGACUCCAACCACUACAACUAUUACAACUUGCACUCCGCCUCGUCGACUUGCUCGUGCACACUGAUCCUCUUGUUCGCCCCGCUUGCACUCCUUCACCACACCUGGACGAUCCUCCUUUAGCAUUUGUUGCACUCCGGUACAACAAUCUUAGGGACUACUUUGUGCGCAGGUGAUGGAAUCAAACGGCUGGAUAAACACGUAUUAAGCAGAAAGGUUUUGGACAAGGAGGUACAACAUCUUCGAUGGAUCGUAUGAAUAUAAGGGCAAUGUACCGUAUUUUUCGGACUAUAAGGCGCACUUAAAAAGAUUCCCUUGCUCAACGAGACCGUGCCUUAUAAUCAGAAAAAUACGGUAAAAAUCAGUUUGUUCAUCCCGAGACUCAUUUAACUUCAAAUCUGCAAAUCUCUCAGCUCUUACAUCCCCAGGCCUUGCCCGAAGCAAGUUUUCCAGAUCUGUAUGUAUUCUUCCAUUUUCGAAGAAUCUGAAUUUGUUCUGAACAGCCUACGUCAGGGGAAAUGUGUAUAUAUUGUCUAAUAUUAUAGAUGUAUUUUAGAAUUAUUAAAAACAAAAAAGAAACAUCACAUGUUGUUGAUAUGAAUAUAUAAAUAAUGCAGUAUAUUUUUGGACAGAAUCAGGAACUAACCACCAUAAAUUGUGCGUCUCACUGAAAAGUUAUUUUUUUUUCGGAAUGGACAGAUGAUAUUAUUGUACUUUUGUGUAUCAGUGUUAAUCACUUGCCAAUGUGGCCACAAUGUAAGGACAUUUUUAUUGUUAUGUAUUUGUUUAAUUUAUUUAACUACUAUAGUUUUUGCCUACACUCAAGUGACACAUUCUUGAUGUUUUUCUAGAAUUUGGAAUUACUGGUACAUUUUUUCCACACGGUCAUAAAUUCUCUCCAAGUGAAGACAAUAUAUUAGACAAGGAUGACAAGUUUCCUCCACAAGUGCCAAAUGAAGGUAAGACAUAUUGUUUUCACCUUCUCACCUUUGGAUUAAAUCAAACCAUGCCGUUCAUUUCGUUAAAAUUUGUGAGUAGCUGGCACGUGCAAGAACGAACAAAACAUGGCGUCCAUUAGAAUUGCUUCUCAAAUCUUAAAGGGACCGUCAGCCGGAAAAUAAAAAUGUCUCAUUAACAUUCAAUCGCAAUCACCAUUACCAAAUCAAGAAUAAAAUAUUUAUCUAGAUCAAUUA